AUGUCUAGAGUGGUUACUUUAAACAAUGGUAUGAAGAUGCCUUUGGUGGGCUUGGGUUGCUGGAAGAUUCCCAACGAAGUUUGUGCUUCCCAGGUAUACGAAGCUAUUAAGAUCGGUUAUAGACUAUUUGAUGGUGCUCAGGACUAUGGCAAUGAAAAAGAAGUCGGUCAAGGUAUUCGUAAGGCCAUCGAUGAAGGUAUCGUUAAGCGUGAAGAGUUGUUCGUUGUGUCCAAGUUAUGGAACAGUUUCCAUGACCCAAAGAAUGUGAAAGCAGCUUUGCAAAGGACUUUAGAUGACAUGAAAUUGGAUUACUUGGAUUUAUUCUACAUUCAUUUCCCAAUUGCAUUGAAGUUCGUCCCUUUCAAGGAGAAAUACCCACCAGGGUUGUACACUGGUUCUCAGGAUGAGAAACAAGGUACUAUGUCUGAAGAAAACGUUCCUAUCAUCGACACAUACCGUGCUCUGGAGCAAUUGGUUGAUGAAGGUUUGAUAAAAUCCAUUGGUAUCUCGAACUUUUCCGGUUCCAUCAUCAUGGACUUGCUCCGUGGCUGUAGAAUUAAGCCAGUCGCUCUGCAAAUUGAACACCACCCUUACCUGACACAGGAGAGAUUGGUGCACUAUGUAAAGUUACAAGGCUUGCAAGUGGUCGCUUACUCCUCCUUCGGUCCACAAUCCUUCAUCGAGAUGGGCAGCGACCUUGCAAAGACCACUCCACCUCUCUUUGAAAAUCCAAAGAUCAUUGAAAUUGCAAAGAACCACGGUAAGGAAAUCUCCCCAUCGCAAGUGUUACUAAGAUGGGCUACCCAAAACAAUGUAGCUGUGAUUCCAAAAUCUUCAAAGAAAGAAAGAUUACAUGAUAAUCUGCACAUUGACGAUAAAUUGACCUUGACAGAUCAAGAAUUGAAGGAGAUUUCAGCACUGAACAAGAACAUUAGAUUCAACGAUCCAUAUACCUGGAAUGACAAGAAUCCAUUCCCUAUCUUUGACUAA